CCCCCGCGAUACCGGAUGUGGCUAGCGCCAUGACAGCCCACUUCAACACCAAGACUUCGAUAUCAGAAGUCGGGUCUGUCAAAAUCCAUAAAAGCUGCCCCACGCCACACACUCCUUCCGAUACCUCCCCGCACAUUCGAUACAUCAUAAUGAGGCCAAUUUUGCUUUCCGGACACGAGCGUGCGCUCACCCAAGUCAAAUACAACCCCGAUGGCGAUAUCAUCUUCUCAGUCUCCAAAGACCAUGUAGUGUGCGCAUGGUACUCUCACAAUGGCGAGCGCUUUGGAACCUAUCACGGCCACCAGGGAGCGCUCUGGACCGUUGACGUCGACCCCACCUCCACACUCCUCGCAACGGGCGGCGCAGACAACACAAUGCGACUGUGGGAGGUCAAGACCGGCAGGCUGUUGAAGACUUGGGAGUUCCCUACCUCCAUCAAACGCGUCGAAUUUUCCGCCGACGGAAGACAACUGCUCGGUGUAACGGAGAGGCGCUCUGGGCACACCGGUUCCAUUGUCGUGUACGAAAUCAACCCGGACGUUGAAGCAGAGCAAGCGGACGAGCACGUUUUGAGGAUAAUCUGCGAAGACAGCAAGGCCACCGUGGCGGGCUUCAGCUACCUGGCGCAGUACAUUAUUGCUGGCCAUGAAGACGGUACUGUUUCUCAGUACGACGGAAAGAGCGGCGAGCUUUUGUAUAACACACAGGUCCAUGAGCCGGACGUGCAGAACCAAAUCACCGAUCUCCAAUGGGCACCAGACCGAACAUACUUCAUCACUGCGUCCAAGGAUAAGUCGGCAAAGAUCCUCGCCGCAGACAGCCUCGAAGUCUUCAAGACAUAUCAAACAGAUACCCCUCUCAACAGUGCCGCCAUCACUCCCGUAAAGGACUUCGUCAUUCUCGGUGGUGGACAGGCAGCCAUGGACGUCACCACCACCAGCGCACGACAAGGAAAGUUCGAAGCCCGUUUCUGGCACAAGAUCUUUGCGGAAGAGAUCGGACGUGUGAGGGGUCACUUCGGCCCGCUCAACUACGUGGCUGUGCACCCCCAGGGCACUGGAUACUGCAGCGGUGGUGAGGAUGGUUACGUACGUGUGCAUCAUUUCGACAAGCCAUACUUCGACUUCUUGUACGAGGUUGAGAGGGAGCAGUUGCAGGCGCAGUCAAACUUGUAG